GGUUUCCAUGCUAUGAUGAUGUCGUAGUAGUUUCAUUAUGAGUGUGAAGAAGAGUAGUCGACCUCGAGAGGGGCACCUACAAGGGCCAUUGGAGCGGAGAGAUGCCAUCUUCACAAAUCUCCUCUUGCUUGGCUUUGACAGGAGUGACAUGGAAGGGAAAUUCAAUGUGCCAUUUACAAAGGAUAUGUUUGCUGUUCCCAAUAAGAAGUGCUUUGAAGUAGUGAUGCAUUUUCUCUUUGAAAAGCUGAAUCUCCCAAUGGCUCAGGAUCGCUUCCGUUACUGCUGGCCAAUUACAGAUAAGAAGCAAGAACAGGCUUUUCGUAAAGUAGUUAAUAGCUGGCUGACCGAAAUUAAGGAAGAGGAAGAUUGUAACCUGCCUAGGAUUGUGCCUUCUCUCUUUCUGUCUCCAGGGGGAGACAAAUUCGAUGUGUUCUUGCUCCAUUUCAGUCGUUAUGUCGUUAACAAGGUUAUCUUCAAGGAAAUAGGGGUGAAAGAAAGGGACCUCCUCUACUACCCUCAACUGCCUUCUAAAGACUCUGAGUUUGGUGAGCAGAUUGGCCGUGCCUUAGAAGCAUGUUGUGUGAGACAUCGGAGAUCAUUUCUAUCUCAUCUACACAGAGAUCUACUCUUGCAGGAUCAAUGGAGUUCAUAUGCAAGUGAGCUUGCAGCAGAGUACAGACAGGUAGGAAAGAAGAUACGAGAGUUAGAAGCUCAAAUCAAAGAGGAGGAAGCUCGUCUGAUGGCCCAGGCCAAAGUUAGAGGGAGCCCUUCAGUCACAAGACGCCGUCGAUCUGGAGCUUUGCUUGAUGCAGAAUGGGACACAAUGGCGGUGACAAGAACACAAAAAGUUCAAAAGGUAAGGGAGAUGUGGAAGACAGUGGCUAUCUGUCAGGCUGCCCAGCGUCAAGAGCUUGAGGUGGUCGAGUCUAUCUUAGAGGGUGCGGCCAACCGGUACAGGGUCGAUGGUAGUGAACUCAGAGUACAGGUCCCAGAGAUGCUUCUUAGAGAAUGUCAUAAAGAACUAGAGAAGCGGAAUAUUGACAAUACUUAUGAAGGCGGGAAGCUGAACCUGCUCUCACUCAUACAGCUCUGGAAUCUUUCUCUCAGACUUUACCUAGAGAAGCUCCAUCAAGCUCCUAUGGCAGAUUAUGAAACACUUCAACCUGAGGUAGUAACCCAAGUCCACACCCACCAUGCUCAUCUCACCAACCUCCAAGCAUUAAGGUCUUCCAUGGGUCAAGAAGUGCUUCCAUCUGUCAAGUCUUCCAUUGGAUCAUUAAAAAGAACCCUACAUUUAGGGCAUGAAGCGCCCACAAGGCAGAGAGCUACAAAUUCAAAUUCCAUUCAUUUUUUAGGUGAUAGUCUGGGGUUGUUGCCAGCGACCCCUCCUGUAUCAUUUGAGCCAGCCAGUGCAGCUCAGGCUAGUGAUGACACUCCUACUAGACCAAUGAAUAAAGCCUUCUGGAAAGCAUCACCCACAGUGAACACACCUGAAGCUGUAUCGUCUCUGGUAAACAACGUGAACCAAGCUGUGUAUAAACAGAGCCAUCUCACACAAGGUACUCCUACCAGUACACUCAGACUACUUCGAGAACAGAUUAAUAGACCCUCAAAGCUACCCAAGCCUGCCCCUACCAAGGCUCCUACCAAGCCCCCCACCCAUGAUAAAAUGGAAAGACGUAGAGUCAAGUCAGCUCCUUGUAGAACACAGGAGCUAUCCCUAAGUGAAGAUGAAUCCACAUUGAAGCUUGAAGAGGCGUCUCCGUUCACACCCCAUCAUGCAAAGCGAGAGGUCAAGACACAGCCGAGGAAGGUUACUAAACAAAGCAAAUUAGCUUCCGUUCAGAAGACUAAGAAGGAUAAACCAUCUGCUAAAAAGAGUGAGAUAAAGCCUGGGUCAUCUAAAAGUGAAAGCAGGACAGCUUCCACCCCUUCCAUUCAUUCAAGAACACCUGUCAAUAGUCAACCCCUGCAUCAGCAUACCACCACAUCUGUCACAAGAGCACACCAAGACCUUAUUGAUCAGAUUGCUGAUGUAGUGGUUGGUGCGAUGAAUGGAUCUCCAGAGUGGAAAGGAUUAAUGGAGUCUCCGUUAUCCUUAUCACCAGGUCAUUCUGAAUCUCCCGUUCCUCUUGGUAUUGAAGAUCCUCUUUCUGUCCUUGAUCAAAGUGCAUUUGUGACAAGAGACAAGCUGAAGCACUCUCCAGUAACUACCCCAUCCCAUCCCAUUUCCACACCAAGACAACAUCCAGCCAGUCCCCUUGUGAGGUCUUCCACAGCAAGCAAUGCCAGGAGUCCUGAGAGUGAUGAUGUGGCAAGUCUGGAAAUCGUGCAACAAUCGUCCUCUAUCAAGCAACGGACCAGUAAUGGCUCUCAGAAGUCUGUGACUUUCUCUGACCACGUUGAUGAGCAUAACAUCAGUACACUUAGUUAUGGAAGCGAUCUGAAUGAUUCAUCAAUGAAUGGAGAUGUCUUUGCCUCCAACACCUCAUUGUCUAGUCCGGCCAUGCAAUCUGGGCCAGAAUUAAGCCACUUUGGCCGCAAUGGACAAACCCCAGUGAGAACAUUCCAAGCAAAAUGGGAUGAUGGGAUAGCAGAGAGUUAUCUCAGUCCUUCCCCUGAACAUCAUAAAACAUCAAGUGGGGUGGAGCACCAUAGUCCUCUUAACAAGCUCUUUACCCUUGAUGACACUAAUGAGAAUGGACAAGAUGAUUUUCUCUUGGAUACAUCAGAUCGGUUAGAAGAUCUUCUGGUGCAUGUGUCACCUUCAGUAACCCCGUCAGCUACCCCUAAGUUAAAUGGUACUAGAAUUCGUUCAAGGUAUCCACAGGACAUUGAUGAUUCAUCGCCAAGUCUCUCGAUUCCAGCUCGUCAGUCUGAGCCUGAAGUAAGUCAUCCAAUAUUGAAUGACCAAAUACCUUCCGAAGUUUCCUUGACAUCGAAUAGCACUUCUCCAGGAAGUGUUCACACAUGUCCUUCAUCAGAACAUCGUAAAACGCAUGAUAGAUUCACCCCAAAUGACAAGCCCUUUGCGUUGGACAAUACCUUUGAGAAUGGGGAAGACGAAUUCCUACUGGACACUUCACACAGAUUAGAAGAUCUGUUGGUCCAUGUAUCACCUUUGAUAUCACCAUCUGCAACACCUAACCUGAAUGGGAAGAGAAGUCGGAUAAGCCACCCAUCAGACACAUCCAUAAGCUCGGCUUCCAGACCAUUAGCAAAUGGAAAGUCCCAUUGGACAUCUCACUCAAAUGACAGUUUUCACCUCACUCCCCCAGCAAACAUCUCCAGCCUUUCCCUCGGUGAUGUCAGCCCAUUUUCUGCAAAUGAUGCAUCGUUGCUGAAGGAUAUGUCCAGUUUAAAACUAAAGACUCCAGGUUCAAAGACCCCUUUGAGCAGCUACAAGGCUUCUCCAUCUUCUCAGAGUCAAUUUCUUCAGGCCACUCCUAAGACAACACUUGACUUUGAUCUUUUAGAUGAAGAUGAUUCUGUUCUUCUACCACCAUCUCCAUACAAUCCAUCACCUUCAUCAAAGUCACCAUCAGGAUCCGUCGGUCAGCUUAUCAACUUCUAGCUUUCUCUCCAGAAGGACAGCAACAAUUAGUUAGACCUGUCCCAUUUUUUGUUCUUGUUUGUUUUCUAUACGUGUGAAUCUAUUGUUGAGGGCCAGUUCAUUAUUGAAAUUGAUGCAUUCUUACCAAUGUUGCCUUGAGUGAGGGGAUUCUCCUUCGGCCCAGCUUAAGGAAUUUAGAUGAUUCAGAAGUUUUCUGUUCAUUUGUUUCAUUUUAUUUUCAACAAGAUACAAAUGAAGUGAAGCAAGGGAGAUUGCCAACAUACACACCUGGAUGAUGUUUCAUAAAGCUGUUUGUAAAUAACGCCUUUUAUCAAGACUGGUACAUGUUCUGUUUCUGUUUAUGGUAAAUCCCGUAGGAACUCGGCAGGAAAGCAUUUUGCUGGUAAACGCUAAGCUGGUACAUAACCAAUUACCUAGGAAAAAUUUUUACGUCUUUUACAGAUAUUACUCUCGGGCCUUUUUUUGUUAAAGUGGAGACAAUGGCAGAGUGGGGAUUCGAACUCACAACCUUGUGAUUGCGAGUCCAAUGCUCUAACCACUGGACCACACGACCCGUAGAGUGCUUAGGUGCUAAGUCAGCGAAGUUGGGAUAUAUCAUUUUGUAUCAGUCCACGUCCAAGUCGGGCAUAAAUUUCAAGCAGCCCUUAUCCUUAUUUGAACCUUACCAAGCUUUAUUUUUAACUUAUUAUAUUGGUCAAAUUACACAGCAAUGAGCAAACAGCAUUUUAUACUAAACUUCUUAGGUAGAUGGUGCCUCUCUAAUUUCAUAUAAAUUUGAUCACUGCUAAGAUGGGUUAUAUAAUUACAUAUAACCAGGAGUACAAGUGCACUUUACCGACGCUACUUUUCGUGAAAUAACCCCCCCCCCCCCCGGUCAAUUAUACAGGUGUAGCGAGUGUUCAAGCUUUUGAAAUUGUUGCAUUUCCUUUAGCUAUGUUUUAUGUAAUGUUUAUUAAAUAUCCUAGGUGAUAUUGGGCUUUGUGAAACAGAGCCACAAAGCCUAGAUAUCUUUCAAAUCACAAAAUAAUUUUUUUUUAAAGUAUGAUGGAUUUUGUAUAUAAUGAUGACUUUAUUCCAUCUAUCCCUGUAUGAUAGGGACAUGUGCACAUAUUCAAAGAAAAUGCAUCAAAUGCUUUGGCUAUUCAAAUCUGUUGCAAGACGUUUCCAUGGAAACCUUAGAUCAGAAAGAAACUCUAGAUGCUGUGAAUUCGCUCCUCUUUGGGAUACAUUUGUUAUAAAAAUAUUUUUAAAAAUGCUGAUUUAUAUGCAGUACUGAAAUGCGAAUACUUUUGAUAAUGCAAACUGAUGAAAAAGUCACGUUAUUGCCAAGCCAAAGAUCAACCAUGUGUAUAAAAAGUGCCUUUGCUUUGCUUGUGAAAAAGGAAAAUGAUUGUCAAGGAUAUUAUUCUAUGUAUUAUGUGAAUGAAUGCAUUGGAUGAAAUUCAUAUAAAUUUGAUGUAACAGUAUUUGGAAUACAGAUCAGUGAUUAUUAUAAUUAUAUCUACACUUUGCCUGUACAAUUUAAUUUUUUAGGUAAAUAAUAGCAAUUGGACUUUGCUUACAUGUAAUUCCUGUUAAAACCUUCUUUCUUGAGAAUAGAAUUAAUGCUGCUCACUAUUCUGUAGAUAUCACACAUACACCAAGGGUUAUGUAACAACCAUAAUUUUUGUGAUUUCUCAAGAACUAUGAUCGUGAUUAAGAGGCAAUUGAACUACGAGGUACCUAAGGCUGUGCCUUUUCAUUUUUAACCCUCCCAUAUCAGCAUAUUUUUAAAGAAAAUCAACAAGGAAUAAGAGAAAAUAAUGAAAUACUGCAGGCAUUGGAGCAGUUCAUGAUGGACAUGACCUUUGUUAACCUACCCAAGGCUUUGUCUAAGAAAGUAAGUCGUUUCCACAUUUCUCUAGAAAUUCUAUAUAAUUUGAAAUGUAAUUUAUGUAGGCACUCUAAUGCAAAACUAUAGCAAGAACUAACAGACAUAUGACAUGUAUGACAAGUGAAAUCAAAGCAAGGGAUGAGGAAGUAUCAUUCUAUUUUGAAAGUCAAAAUUUAUUGCAUCAGUAUUAACCUCAACAGGCUAUACGUACUAUGAUCAAACAAGGAUACAACAUUCUCAAACAAUGCAAUUUAUUUUUCAGCUUUAUCCCUUAACAUGCUGAAUGAAUUUAUAAUAUUAUAAAUGAUGGGUAUUAAUCUGCAAAUUGAUGACAUGUUGAGUUAAAACAAUAUAUCAUUUGAAAUAAAAUAAAACCCACAUGAUGUAGUAAUGAAUAUGCAUAUUGUAAUAUAUGUGAUAUAUCAAAUGCACCGUAUUUGGAUGAAUAUUGAUUAGGUAGCAUGAUGUAACACACAUGCACUUUUUUUUUUUUUCUUAUCCUGAAAUUAAUCUAAAGAAAUAUUUAGUUUACUUUGCUUUUUUUUAAUGUAAAUCUGAUGAAUGUAUACUUUUUAAAUAUUGUUUAUCUUUUUUGAUGACAUGUGCCUCUGCGCUUGUAAAUAAAAUAAUGCAUAAUAAA